AUGACUGUUUCAGCGCAAGUUCUUUGUGGAUAUCACUACAGUAAAUAUCGGGGUCUGACAUCUAGCAUUGUACUAUCAGGUGUCGGAAUAGGAGCGACUGUAUUUCCUAUUAUCAUUGGAGAGCUAAUUACGUCCUUCGGUUGGAAAGGUUCCUUAUUACUCUUAUGCGGCAUCAAUACACAUCUUUUACCAUUUGGUUUACUUCUAUUACCUGUGCCGGAACAGAAUAACAUUAACAAAGAAUUAAAUAGAGAGGCAAAGCCAGAGCAAGUUAACAUUAACAAUGAAUUAGAUAGAGAGACAAAGCCAGAACAAGUUAGCAUUAACAAAGAAUUAGAUAGAGAGACAAAGCCAGAACAAGUUAACAUUAACAAAGAAUUAGAUAGAGAGGCAAAGCCAGAGCAAGUUAACAUUAACAACGAAUUAGAUAGAGAGACAAAGCCAGAACAAGUUAACAUUAACAAAGAAUUAGAUAGAGAGACAAAGCCAGAACAAGUUAACAUUAACAACGAAUUAGAUAGAGAGACAAAGCCAGAACAAGUUAACAUUAACAAAGAAUUAGAUAGAGAGGCAAAGCCAGAGCAAGUUAACAUUAACAAAGAAUUAGAUAGAGAGACAAAGCCAGAACAAGUUAACAUUAACAAAGAAUUAGAUAGAGAGGCAAAGCCAGAACAAGUUAACAUUAACAAAGAAUUAAAUAGAGAAGCCAAGCCAGAACAAGUUAGCAUUAACAACGAAUUAGAUAGAGAGACAAAGCCAGAACAAGUUAACAGUAACAAAGAAUUAGAUAGAGAGACAAAGCCAGAACAAGUUAACAUUAACAAAGAAUUAGAUAGAGAGACAAAGCCAGAACAAGUUAACAUUAACAAAGAAUUAAAUAGAGAAGCCAAGCCAGAACAAGUUAGCAUUAACAACGAAUUAGAUAGAGAGACAAAGCCAGAACAAGUUAACAGUAACAAAGAAUUAGAUAGGGAGACAAAGCCAGAGCAAGUUAACAUUAACAAAGAAUUAGAUAGAGAGAUAAAGCCAGAACAAGUUAACAUUAUCAAAGAAUUAAAUAGAGAAGCCAAGCCAGAACAAGUAAACAUUAACAACGAAUUAGAUAGAGAGACAAAGCCAGAACAAGUUAACAUUAACAAAGAAUUAGAUAGAGAGGCAAAGCCAGAACAGGUUAAUAUUAACAAAGAAUUAAAUAGAGAGGCAAAGCCAGAACAAGUUAACAUUAACAAAGAAUUAGAUAGAGAGGCAAAGCCAGAACAAGUUAACAUUAACAAAGAAUUAGAUAGAGAGGCAAAGCCAGAACAAGUUAGCAUUAACAAAGAAUUAGAUAGAGAGGCAAAGCCAGAACAAGUUAACAUUAACAAAGAAUUAGAUAGAGAGGCAAAGCCAGAACAAGUUAACAUUAACAAAGAAUUAGAUAGAGAGACAAAGCCAGAGCAAGUUAACAGUAACAACGAAUUAGAUAGAGAGACAAAGCCAGAACAAGUUAACAUUAACAAAGAAUUAGAUAGAGAGAUAAAGCCAGAACAAGUUAACAUUAUCAAAGAAUUAAAUAGAGAAGCCAAGCCAGAACAAGUUAACAUUAACAAAGAAUUAGAUAGAGAGACAAAGCCAGAACAAGUUAACAUUAACAACGAAUUAGAUAGAGAGGCAAAGCCAGAGCAAGUUAACAUUAACAAAGAAUUAGAUAGAGAGACAAAGCCAGAGCAAGUUAACAGUAACAACGAAUUAGAUAGAGAGACAAAGCCAGAACAAGUUAACAUUAACAAAGAAUUAGAUAGAGAGACAAAGCCAGAGCAAGUUAACAGUAACAAAGAAUUAGAUAGAGAGGCAAAGCCAGAACAAGUUAACAUUAACAACGAAUUAGAUAGAGAGACAAAGCCAGAACAAGUUAACAGUAACAAAGAAUUAGAUAGAGAGACAAAGCCAGAACAAGUUAACAUUAACAAAGAAUUAGAUAGAGAGGCAAAGCCAGAACAGGUUAAUAUUAACAAAGAAUUAAAUAAAGAGGCAAAGCCAGAACAAGUUAGCAUUAACAACGAAUUAGAUAGAGAGACAAAGCCAGAACAAGUUAACAGUAACAAAGAAUUAGAUAGAGAGACAAAGCCAGAGCAAGUUAACAUUAACAAAGAAUUAGAUAGAGAGAUAAAGCCAGAGCAAGUUUACAUUAACAAAGAAUUAGAUAGAGAGGCAAAGCCAGAACAAGUUAAUAUUAACAAAGAAUUAAAUAGAGAAGCCAAGCCAGAACAAGUUAGCAUUAACAAUGAAUUAGAUAGAGAGACAAAGCCAGAACAAGUUAACAGUAACAAAGAAUUUGAUAGAGAGACAAAGCCAGAACAAGUUAACAUUAACAAAGAAUUAAAUAGAGAAGCCAAGCCAGAACAAGUUAGCAUUAACAACGAAUUAGAUAGAGAGACAAAGCCAGAACAAGUUAACAGUUACAAAGAAUUAGAUAGAGAGACAAAGCCAGAGCAAGUUAACAUUAACAAAGAAUUAGAUAGAGAGAUAAAGCCAGAACAAGUUAACAUUAUCAAAGAAUUAAAUAGAGAAGCCAAGCCAGAACAAGUUAACAUUAACAAAGAAUUAGAUAGAGAGACAAAGCCAGAACAAGUUAACAUUAACAAAGAAUUAGAUAGAGAGACAAAGCCAGAACAAGUUAACAUUAACAAAGAAUUAAAUAGAGAAGCAAAGCCAGAACAAGUUAACAUUAACAACGAAUUAGAUAGAGAGGCAAAGCCAGAACAGGUUAAUAUUGAUAAAGAAUUAGAUGUUAAAUCAAAGACAGACAACUGGUCAAAAAGACAAGAAAAUGAGAGCCAGUAUAAAAUGUCUGAAUUAUUGAGAAAUGAGAAACACACUGUAAGUAACUGUAUCUUGUUUUGUGUCAACAAAGUGAAGACGUAUUUCGGACAGAUUGCCAACCCUGAGUUUAUUACGUUUCUAUUUAGCAAUGUCAUAUACAAUAUGGGAUAUGGAGCAGCAGUUAUUUUCCUUCCACAGUACAUCAUCUCGACUGGUUUAGACCUAGAAGAUGCAUCUUUAUUAAUGAUGCUUCUGGGAGGUGGCUUGUUCGUAGGCUGUAUAAUAAGUGGGCUGUUUAAACCGGAGUUUCAGUCGCUUGUCUAUACCAUUGGUUGCUUCGGAUUUGGUACUUUCUUGGCAUUGAUGGAGUUAACUACAAAACGCGGAUACAGCGUCUAG